AUGGGUAUUUGUAGUUCUAGUGGAUUAGCAACUUCAUCAAUAAUCCAAUCAAAUUCAUCUCGCAUCUUUGUUCCUGAAAAUUGGACAUUAGCCGAAGCUGCAACAGUUCCUGUUGUCUAUUUAACAGCUUAUUAUGGUUUGAUUUCUCGAGGAAAUUUACAAUCUGGUGAAAGUGUUUUAAUUCAUGCAGGUUCAGGAGGAGUUGGUCAAGCAGCUAUUUCGAUCUGUCUAUCAAGAGGUUGUCAAGUAUUCACUACGGUUGGAACACAAGAGAAAAGGGAUUUCAUUAAGAAACGUUUCCCCUCGAAAUUCGAAAAUAU